GAAGUAAUGUAGAAGUAUCUCUACCUUCCAUAUUCCAAUCGUUCGCUCUUGUUUUCGUGGAAUAUUAGUUCUAAUUAACAUUUUAAUCCAACUAUUCAGUGUUCUACUUAUUAACAACAAGAUGAUGGACUGUGUGGAAGAAACUAAUCACGACCCCCUCUCAGCCCCCACCAUGUCCGUACCAUCACCGACAGCUGGAGACACAGUUGUGGAGAAGAAGAAACCUAGCGAGAAUGUGUCACUCGCUGACAACAGCUUAUUGGUGGACAUAUCAGACGCCCUCAGUGAAAAGGAAAAAGUGAAGUUCACCGUCCACACCAAGACAACUCUACCGGAGUUCCAGAAAUCAGAGUUCCUUGUGGUCCGGCAACAUGAGGAGUUUGUGUGGCUGCACGACAGAUAUGAGGAGAAUGAGCAGUACGCUGGUUACAUUAUACCGCCAGCACCCCCGCGGCCUGACUUCGACGCGUCGCGCGAAAAACUGCAACGCCUUGGCGAGGGCGAGGGCGCCUUGACCCGUGAGGAAUUCCUCAAAAUGAAGGAGGAGUUGGAAGACGAAUAUCUGGCCACGUUCAAGAAGACAGUGGCCAUGCACGAGGUAUUCCUCCAGCGGCUUGCCUCGCACCCCGUCUUUCGUAACGACUCGCAUCUACGCGUGUUCCUCGAGUACGAGAGAGACCUCUGUGCCAAACCGAGAGCCAAGAUACACCUCAUCACGACGCUGGUCCGCUCAAUGACAACAACCACAGACGAGAUAUACCUCGGCGCGACAGUGCGAGACGUGAACGAUUUCUUCGAACAGGAAACCACGUUCCUACAGGAGUAUUAUACGCACUUGAAGGAAGCAGUCGCUAGGGUGGAUCGGAUGACUUCUAAACAUAAAGAGGUGGCCGACGCUCACAUAAAGCUAUCUUCAUGCAUAACGCAACUAGCGACCAGAGAGCAGCCGCAAACAGAGCGUUUCCUCACUCGCGCUGCAGACACCUUUGAUAAGUGCCGGAAGGUCGAGGGUCGUAUGGCGUCCGACCAGGACCUGAAACUGGCUGAUACUCUACGGUACUACAUGAGAGACGCUCACGCCGCCAAAGCUGUACUUGUCAGAAGACUCAGAUGCCUAGCCGCAUAUGAAGCCGCUAACAGGAACCUCGAAAAGGCGAGGGCUAAAAACAAGGAUGUACACGCUGCCGAGCAAGCUCAGGCCGCGGCGUGCGCGCGAUUUGAAGAACUAUCUGCGCGUGCGCGGGAAGAACUGAUCGACUUCAGAGCGAGACGCGUCGCUGCAUUCAAGAAGAGUCUCAUAGAUCUGGCGGAGCUGGAGAUAAAGCACGCGCGCGCGCAGCAGGAGCUGUUCAGGAAAUCACUGCAAGUGCUUAAAGAGUGCCAGUAAUACUAAAGGAGUUAAACAGGCAGCACCUUUACAACAUCCAUCUAAGCUAACUCUGCAACGAAUUGAACAGAACAGGGAGGGAGUGUCACAAACGUCAUAUUGUCAUAGAUAAUUUGACAUUGAUGAUGACAUGGCCGCACUUUGUCAUUACAAAUUCCAUGCAGAGUUAGUCUGGUUCGAUCCUACUGACAAUUUAUAAGUCUUAUCCCAAAUGUAUAAGGCCCAUUGGUAUAGUCAGUUAAAGGCCUGUACACACCGGCUUGCGUGUGCCUGACGUGCGCUAAAAUGUUGGAGCCGCACACGCACAUGUCAUGCAAGCGGUGU